AUGGAAGACGUCGCGCCCGAAUUGCAACCGCAACAGAUCGACUCCAAGCUGCGACGCAAUUCGUCAUCAGCUGCCGCCGAUGCUGUCUCGCAGUUGCUCGGAAUGACCGGUGGCCUUCCCGAUGCCAACGGGAGUGAUGACCCAGCACAAGAUCACGGCUCGAUACAUACCUCGAAUAACCAGCCCGACGCGCAGCAUCAGCAACAAGCACCGCAAGCGCAACACGCACCACCGCCUCCGCCUCCGCCUCAGCACCCAGUGUCCUACAAUGGCGCAACACCCGCAGCGACGGCAGGCGGCGGGAGCAGUGGCCUCGCGACGCAUCAAAGUAACGCUGCUCCGCGAUCUGCGAAUCUCCACGGAGAUGGCCCCAAUGGAUCCCCCAUUUCUCGAACCGACACGCCGUCCAUGUAUAACAAUCCCCUGCCAUCGUUCAUGAUGGACGAUCCUUACUCCUCAAACUUUGCGCAAACUGGCGACGGGUCUGGAUCGCCCAUGAACGGCGACACGCCACAGACGCACGAGCAGCUCAUCGCAGCCAACUCCAGCCUCAAAACCCGUGUACGCGAGCUCGAACUCAUCAAUGAACUCUUCAGGGGGCGAUUAAGUCAACUGGAGCAACAGGAAGCUGCCGCACGUAGGGGUCAUGAGGUAGCAGACUCGGAGCAGACGGGACUACGGACGCAACUGGAAGAGAGCCGAGGAAGCGAAGCGCAACUGCUCGCCCAGUUGGAAGAGACACACCGGCGGGAGAACAGCCUGAAGAGACGGUUGGACGAGCUGGAACUGGAGCUGAAGGCUGCUACGGCAACGAAGACCGCUCGAGACGCUGAGCAUGCCCUUGAAAGCCAGCAUGACGAGUCUGAGCGACCGUCCAAAAAAGUGCGAACCGCCAGCCCUGCGAGGGGCAACGAGUCUAGUACAGAAGAGGUCACGGUGUCGCUGCCCGCAGAGGAAGAGACUGGCCAGGCCCCCGAGCCGACCAUGAUGGUUGACACCGAUGCAUAG